AUGAACGAAGAAGUUAAUCCAAAGGCAUUCCCACUUGCUGACGCACAAUUGACCAGCAAGAUUAUGAAUCUUUUGCAGCAGGCUCUUAACUGCAAUCAAUUACGUAAAGAUGCCAAUAACACUACCAAAAUUCUUAAUCGUGGAUUAGCUGAUAUUAUUGUUAUGGCUGCUGAUGCGAAGCCCAUUGAAAUUAUAUUGCAUUUGCCAUUCGUUCGCUCAAAGCAAGCUCUUGUUAGGGCAUGUGGUGUUUCGAAGCCAAUUUUCUCGUAUUCGGUGGCAACAAACGAAGGGUCUCAACUGAAGUCGCAAAUUACUUCGAUUCAACAAGAAAUCGAAAGGCUUUUACUUUAA